AUGCCUCCCAAGAAAGCUAUCAAGGAAGAAAAGAUCCUGUUAGGCAGGCCGGGCAAUAACUUGAAGAGCGGUAUCGUUGGACUGGCUAAUGUCGGCAAAUCUACUCUCUUCCAAGCCAUCACCAAAUGCUCCCUGGGCAACCCUGCCAACUUUCCUUACGCGACCAUAGAUCCUGAAGAGGCUCGAGUCAUCGUCCCUGAUGCCCGGUAUGAUUGGCUCUGCGCACACUACAAGCCCAAGUCCCAAGUUCCAGCGAACCUGACAGUCUAUGAUAUCGCCGGUCUGACUCGAGGCUCCUCGACCGGCGCUGGCCUGGGAAAUGCUUUCUUAUCACAUAUCAGAGCCGUCGACGCAAUCUUUCAGGUCGUGCGAUGUUUCGACGAUGCUGAAAUCAUUCAUGUUGAAGGAGACGUCAACCCAACUCGAGAUCUAGACAUCAUCUCCGAAGAAUUGCGAUUAAAGGACAUUGAGUUCGUGGAGAAGGCCAAAGAAAACUUGUCGAAACAGACGAGAAGAGGUGGUCAGAGCUUGGAAAUGAAGAAGCUAAGGGAAGAUGAGGCCACCGUGGAUAAGAUCCUUGCUUGGUUGAAAGACGGUAAGGAUGUACGGAAAGGUGACUGGGGUCCAAAAGAGGUCGAAGUCAUCAACCCCCUCUUCCUCCUCACAGCCAAGCCCGUUGUGUACCUCAUCAACUUGUCGGAAAAGGACUAUCUGCGGCAGAAAAACAAACAUCUGCCCAAGGUCAUGGAGUGGAUCAAGACCAACGCAGCAGGCGACCCCGUCAUCCCCAUCUCUGUCUCAUUCGAAGAACGUCUGGCCGCCAUGUCGGAAGAAGAAGCCAACGAAGAAUGCAAAAACCUCGGCACCAAGUCUGCACUGCCCAAAGUCAUUGUCACGAUGCGUCAAGCGCUGAACCUAGCGAGCUUCUUCACCACAGGUUCGGACGAAGUGCGGCAAUGGACGAUACGCAAAGGUACCAAAGCACCACAGGCCGCUGGAGUAAUCCACACGGACUUUGAAAAGACCUUCAUUCAAUGUAUCGUGUAUAAUUACGAGACAUUGAAAGAGUAUGGUGAUGAAAAUGCCGUGAGGGCAGCUGGAAAGGUCAUGACCAAGGGUAAGGAUUAUGUCGUAGAAGACGGUGAUAUUAUCCUUAUUAAAGCUGGUGCUGCAAAGGCUUAG